CCUCAAAGCUCCAGAAAGUUCUGCACCAACGUUUAUAUAUACACAGCGAUCAGCGGCCAUCUUCAUUCAGUCACAUCAGACCCGGCGCGCAGCACAGGGAACAAGGCUGUUCAUUAAAGGAACACAUACGCUUUGCAAAAAUGGUGCGAGAGACCGGCUACUAUGACAUUCUCGGAGUAAGUCCGCAAGCCUCUGCGGAUGAAAUCAAGAAAGCAUAUCGAAAACUGGCCCUAAAAUACCACCCGGACAAAAAUCCAAAUGAAGGCGAGAAAUUCAAACUCAUUUCACAAGCUUAUGAAGUCUUGUCAGAUCCUAAAAAGCGAGACUUGUAUGACAAAGGAGGUGAACAGGCUAUUAAAGAAGGAGGCAUGGGUGGAGGAGAUUUCUCCUCUCCUAUGGAUAUCUUCAACAUGUUCUUUGGUGGUGGAGGAAGAACACAGAGAGAAAGGAGAGGGAAAAAUGUGGUUCACCAGCUUAGUGUCUCACUUCAAGAAAUGUAUUGUGGUUCGACCAGGAAACUUGGGCUCCAGAAGAAUGUGAUUUGCGAGAAAUGUGAUGGUUACGGAGGGAAAAAGGGGGCUCUUGAGAAAUGCUCAAAUUGCAAAGGCAGGGGCGUUCAAAUCCAGGUGCAACAGAUUGGACCAGGAAUGAUUCAGCAGAUUCAGAGCAUGUGUUCAGAAUGCCAAGGACAAGGUGAGAAGUUCAGUGCCAAGGACCGAUGCAAGAACUGCAGUGGGCACAAAGUAGAACGCAAAAAGAAAAUUCUUGAGGUCCACAUUGACAAAGGUAUGAAAGAUGGUCAAAGGAUCACAUUCCAUGGGGAGGGCGAUCAGGAACCAGGUCUGGAACCUGGUGAUGUCAUCAUUGUCCUGGACCAAACGGACCACCCUGUAUUUCAGAGGCAAAAUGACAACCUAGUUAUGAAGAUGGAGAUAAAGCUAGUUGAGGCCCUCUGUGGGUUCAAGAAGACAAUACAGACACUAGACAACAGAACACUUGUAAUCAGCUCUACUCCUGGUCAAGUAAUAAAACACAAUGACUUUAAGUGUAUUCAAAAUGAGGGCAUGCCUGUGUACAGAGAUCCAUAUGAGAAAGGACAGCUCAUCAUUCAGUUUCAGGUUGAGUUUCCAGAGAGCCACUGGCUUCCAGAGAACAUGUUUUCUAAGCUGGAGCGCCUACUUCCUGCACGAGAUGAGGUUAUGUUGACUGAUGAUAUGGAAGAGGUGGAUCUCUGUGAGGUGGACCACGAAUCCCAGAGCAAGAAAUACAGUGGAGAAGCAUAUGAGGAAGAUGAGGGUCACAGGACCCAUGGAGUACAGUGCCAAACUCAGUGAAAUUCCUAUUCAGUGCAUCUAUGAAUGCAGCUUCCUUUCUGUGCAAAUUUGUUACCAGAAUUGUUAAAUUUGUGAAUGUGCCCACAAUUUUACUAUUUACUGAGUAGUCUGUGAUCAAGAGAUGAUUUGAAUGGAUAAAACCUCUGGCUCUCCAAGUGCUUUAGCAACCCAGAGAUUUUCCUACUGUAAUAUAAAGCUUGAGGAUAGGCACUGGCUUUUCUUGUUAACACCUUAAAGGAUCACUUUUAAUGUGUAUUCAUGCAAUCCAAUAUUUUAAAACAUUACUGUAUCAUUCUCUUGGCUAUUUGCCCAAAAAUCUUUUUCUUUUUUUAAAUAUUUUGUUUUGAUUGUACUUCUUACAGUUGUGCAUAUACCCUUUGGAUGUGUGUUUGAGUGUGGUCAUUCUGUUCACAUUUGAAUCUUAUUUAUAUUUUUUUCUUUUGUCUCUUCUACAUGAAAAGGCUCAGCACUGAAGAAGGGUAUCUGUAUGCUUUCUAUGAAGGUAAAACUCCUUACAAUUAAUCUGUGUAUCAAUGAAAAUGUUUUCUCAAAUAAAACAUUUAACUUUUUUCCUGUUCAUCUCGUGCCUGCAUUAAAAGUUCAAUUAGGCCCAGGAUAUUACUAAUUGUGUAUAGUAGAAUAGUCAGAAAGUUUCAGUACGUCCAGUUAAAUUCCCUCUGUAUUUUUGUUGUGAAAUCCUCAUAUUUUAAUGCUUUUGAUCUUAAGGGAGAAACAAAUGUCCAAAAAAAAAUAA